AUGGGCUCCAAGACAGAAGACACCGUCGCUGUCUCCUCCCUCGUCCUCACGAACCCCACCCCGGCAGAACGCGAAGCAUGUUGGAAGUCCACUCACCCCCAAUGGGGCGCCGCCCUCGACCUCGACGACUACCUCCACCGCGAGGCCUACCUGCAGACCGUCCCCAUGGCCCGUAACGGCGGCAUCACGAGCUGGAUCCUCACCGACACGUCCUCCCCCGAGGACGCCCGCCCCGUUCUCUCUUCCUGCGAGUCCAUCCGCAAGCGAUGCCUCGUCGCCUCCCCCGACGGAACCAUGCGCGAGGCCGUCGCCCACGGCGUCGCCUCCGUCUUCACCUCGCCUGAGCACCGUGGUCACGGCUACGCGAGCCGCAUGAUGGCUCUUCUAGGUUCCCAACUUGCCUCUUGGCAGGGUGUUCCCUAUUCCCCUUCUUCCGCUCCAGGGAAGGGAGAACCUGCCCUCGCCUUCUCUGUUUUGUACUCCGACAUCGGCAAAUCUUUUUACGCAAAGAACGGCUGGCUACCCUACGACUCCACCCACCUCGCCUUCUCUCCCUCCUCCUCCUCCUCCUCCGGGUCUACAUCCCCCGCGUCUCCCAUCUUAUACCACCACCUCGCCGAACUCACCUCGAUAGACGAGUCCCUCCUCCGCCAACGCCUCGCCCGCCCCUCACCACCAGGAACCGGGACCAAAACCCGCGUAGCCCUCCUCCCGGACCUGGACGCCAUACUCUGGCACAUGAUGCGCGAGGACUACAUGACGACCCGCAUCUUCGGCUCCCCGCCCACCGUCCGCGGCGCCAUCCACGGCCCGCCGGGACGCAGGGUCUGGGCGAUCUGGACGCGGGGCUACUACGGCGGCUUGCGCAGUCCGGAGGGCAACACGCUGCACAUCCUCCGCCUGGUGCUGGAGGACGAGGAGGGGGAGUCCGAGCUCGUGCAAGGGCUGCGUGCCAUCCUGAGCGUCGCGAGGGAGGAGGCCGCCCGGUGGAAGGUCAACGAUGUGCAGCUUUGGAACCCCUCGCAUCGGCUCCGGCGGAUGGUGGAACGGACCGGAUUGCCUCACGACUUUGUCGAGAGAGAAAAGGAUAGCAUUGCGAGUUUGAGAUGGUACGGCCAGGGCGAGGUGGACUGGGUGCUCAAUGAGAAGUAUGCUUGGUGUUAG